CAUGCCAUGUAAUACACUUGUUGCGCUGCUGUUCGUUCGUCCACUGUUCCACAGCAGUAUCGUGCCGGUGUUUGGUCAGUCAAGUUCAUUUGUUUAAUUAGUGUGAUUUUCACCGUGUGAAACCGCGUUUGCGAAAACCAAAACCGACAGAAAAAUUGUAAAAUCAGAAAAAUGACAUUGGCAUACCAAUUGAUCGAUUUCAAGAAUCCAGUUUUUCUGGCCUAUACACUAUGGAGCGUUACAUUGGCGUUGAAAAUGAUGUACUUGUCGAUGCACACAGCAAUUUUUCGCUUUAAAAACCAGACGUUUGCCAAUCCCGAAGAUGGUGGUCGACGAAAUGUUCAUUUCAAUAACGAGGAAGUAGAACGCGUUAGACGUGCACAUCGCAAUGACAUGGAAAACAUAUUGCCAGCUUUUCUCAUCGGAUUGUUGUAUGUACUCAUAGAACCGUCAACAUUGUCAGCCUGUUUGCUGUUCAAAAUUGGUGCCAUCGCCCGAAUCAUUCACACCGUAGUCUAUGCAAUCGUUGUGAUUCCACAGCCUGCACGUGUUCUGGCCUUCGCCAUUCAUUAUAUCAUCACCAUUUACAUGGGCGUAUCUGUUCUCUAUCACCUUUUCUAAUUAGAAACAAUUAUAAUUGAUUGAACUUUGCUCAAAAUGUUUAAGAGCUAGUACAACUAACGGAAACCCGAUCAUAUUGUACAAACAAAAGAAUUAGAAAAGAGAGAAUUAGAGGUCAUGUUGUACGUUGUUUUUUAAAAGUCGUCCGAUUGUCUUAUCAGCUAUAAUGUUUAAAAAUAAAUGAAUUAAUGCUUAA